CAUACUUCUCGAUUCAAGAUGUCGAGCGGACUUUUCGGCCAUGCUGGCAGGUCUUCGUCGAAAAAUCUCGUCGAAUUUCGCGCUGGAAAGAUGUCAUUGAGCGGUACAACUGUUACACCAGAUAAAAGGAAAGGAUUGGUGUACAUUUAUCAGAGUGAAGACUCGUUGAUGCACUUCUGUUGGAAGGAUCGUGGCACGGGAAAUGUUGAAGACGAUCUGAUCAUCUUCCCUGAUGAUAUUGAAUACAAACGCGUCAAACAGUGCACAACAGGCAGGGCCUAUAUCUUGAAGUUCAAGUCAUCCACACGGAAGUUCUUUUUUUGGAUGCAAGAACCCAAAACGGACAAAGAUGAUGAGUAUACCACCAAAGUGAACAACUUGCUUAACAACCCUCCCACUCCGGGCUCAGGAGGUGGUGGUAGCAGUGGGCUCCCCCCAGCCUUAGCUGGAUUAUCUGAGCAGUUAGGUGAUAGUCAGCUGCAAGGCCUGUUGGGUAAUUUGGAUCAACAGCAGCUGUUACAGUUAUUGAGUGGUUAUGGUGGACUGGGUGGCCAUGGUGGUCUGUCUAGUGCUGGCAGCUCCAUAAGUGCACCUACUGCGGGUUCACCUACGUAAGUACAUGAAUUGUGGUGGAAAUGUAUUGAAUGUGAGGUAUGCAUACGUGUUAGUCAAGAAUGAACAUGUUCAAAUAAAAAUGAUCUACUUAAGGUUGUGUGCUGAGAGGCAUUGUGGCAGAAAAAGGCAAUGGAACUCAAGGGAUAGUGGUGCAAAAUGAAAACUGAUCAAAUCAAAAUUGUAGCCCCACAUAAAACGUUUUAUGAAAAACUGGAUCAUUGGAUAAUGCAGUUUGAGCUUUUUCAUUGGCUUAGAAUCCAUCAUGGGUUAUGAGCCAUUAUACCAUGCUCUAUAAAUAUGGUAAACAUGGACACAUGAUUUUUUGGGGGCAUUUUUAUUUUUAUUUUAGUCUAGUUUUC